AGGUACACCAAGAUGAAGACAGCCACCAACAUCUACAUCUUCAACCUGGCCUUGGCAGAUGCACUGGCCACCAGCACGCUGCCCUUCCAGAGCGCCAAGUACCUGAUGGAGACGUGGCCUUUUGGGGAACUUCUCUGCAAGGCUGUGCUCUCCAUUGACUACUAUAAUAUGUUCACCAGCAUCUUCACACUCACCAUGAUGAGUGUAGACCGCUAUAUUGCUGUCUGCCACCCUGUCAAGGCCCUGGACUUCCGCACGCCCGCCAAGGCCAAGCUGAUCAACAUCUGCAUAUGGGUCCUGGCGUCAGGUGUUGGUGUACCCAUCAUGAUCAUGGCUGUGACCCGUCCCCGGGACGGAGCCGUGGUGUGCACGCUCCAGUUCCCCAGCCCCAGCUGGUACUGGGACACGGUGACCAAGAUCUGCGUGUUCCUCUUCGCCUUCGUGGUGCCCAUCCUCAUCAUCACCGUGUGCUACACCCUGAUGCUGCUGCGCCUGCGCAGUGUGCGCGUGCUCUCGGGCUCCAAGGAGAAGGACCGCAGCCUGCGGCGCAUCACGCGCAUGGUGCUGGUGGUGGUGGGCGCCUUCGUGGUGUGCUGGGCCCCCAUCCACAUCUUCGUCAUCGUCUGGACGCUGGUGGACAUCAACCGGCGCGACCCGCUCGUGGUGGCCGCGCUGCACCUGUGCAUCGCGCUGGGCUACGCCAACAGCAGCCUCAACCCCCUGCUCUACGCCUUCCUGGACGAGAACUUCAAGCGCUGCUUCCGCCAGCUCUGCCGCUGGCCCUGCGGCCGCCAGGAGCCCGGCGGCUUCAACCGCGCCCGGGAAGCUACGGUCCGCGAAAGGAUCACCGCCUGCACCCCGUCCGAGGGUCCUGGUGGCACCGCUGCCUGACCAGGCCCGGCUGGCCCACCUGGCGGUCACCCCGAGUGCUAACGGGGGUGGGGGCCAGGGCGCCGCAGGAGGAGAAAGGGGGCCUCUGUUUGGAAAAACAGACCCGGGCUUGAGAUGGGCCAGGGGCCCAGAGAUGGGGCCCCUGAGGUGGGUGGACCUCUGGGCGGGGCAGAGGGCUGGGCAGUGGGCUGUGCCACUGGACUGAGGGCCUGGUCAAAGGCUCUGGGUGGAGGAGGAGCUGCCGACUCCUAGGGAGGAGGACCUGUGGCUCUAGACCUGGGCGGAUAAGUAGGGCCUCUACCGUGGGGAGAGCUUCACGUUCCAACCCUGAGCUGGGCUUGCCAGUGAGGGUGCGGACUGAGCCCUGAAGAUGCCUGGCCAGGACCCAUGGGGCAGUGGUGGGGACAGUGGCUUGAGAAUUGAGCUGCAAGAUCAGGCUUCUGUGUAGCGAGGAGGGGCCUCUUCUCGGACCCGACGCAAGGACAGGACUGGGAGGCUACUGCUCAAGAUUGGGCCUCAGAGAUAGGCCCUGUGUGCAGGGGACAGGGGCCUCAACUUUGGGCGAGAGGCCCAGCCCUGAGUUCUAGCAGGAGGUGGGGCUCAAGGCCGGGCUUGCCCAGGUCCAGGUCCAACUUGCCAUCUCUAUAAAUAAAAAGCAGAGAAAUAUAGAGAGGGAGAGAAAAAAACGUACCUUCUUGCUCCUGGACAGUCAUUUCCUUGGGACGGGCAGGGUGCCUCAGCAUGGAGGUAGUGUGCCCAGCGCUGCACCUCAGUGGGGCGGCUCCAGGAUAGGGUAGCGGAACAGGGCCGGGGUUGGGGUUGACUCCUCAGGCCGAGUCCCUAACGGGGCUCAGAAGGAGCAAGGAGGCUUCGUGGCUUCAGUUCCAAAACCGAAGCUGCUGGUUGGUCUCAGUGCCAAGGGGUGGUGGUGGGUGGGCUGAGGAAGUGGAGGUGGUGGUGCUGCUGGUUCAGCUUUGAGGUUAGUUCCUGAAGCCAGUGGACAGAUGCCGUUGGGGGUUCCCUGGACCCCCAGGUCCCCCACCUGCUCUCGCUGCCCCCUUCAAGCUACGGAGAGGCGGGUCUACCCAGAGCUAGGCAGAGAGUAUUUCAUUUCAUUUGUGGGGCAUUUUAUUGAGGCGAGCCCAGAUCUUUGCUUCCCCCAGUACCAGGGUCUGUCCUUGGUCCCUGGCCUCCCCUUGCUUUAUCUCCCCCGCCCCCGGCUUUCCCCUUCCUCACACAUGCGCAGCCUCAGUCAAGCACCCUGGCUCCCUAUUGAGGCAGUGUUCUGACAUCCUUGUAAAAACAUUUAAUCAUCUUUCCUUUGGGGGACAGAUGGCAAGAAAUUGACGUCUGUCACAAGCGGAAAAAGAAAUAAAAGGGGGGAAAAAAGAAAAGAAACAAUGUACCUCUUCUCCUUUUGACAGCCAUUUCCUUGGAACAAAAGCCUUUCCCUGUCUGGGAGGCUGUCACUCAGCAGGGGCUGAACUGGCAUUCAGCAAGGUGGGGGCUGAGGCACCAGGGUGGGCUUUGGGCACAUUAGAAGCAGGGAUACCCUUGGUUGGCAAAGCACAGUCCCCUUCUCAGGGCGAGGUCCCCGGAAACUGCAGACCUGGGACUUUUCUUCUCCUGAGAGAGGCUCCCCUAGUGCCUUGGGAAGAUGCGGGGCUGUGCCCAGCACUCAGACCUGCUGCCAAGUUACCGAGGUCUGGGAUCCCUGCUCACUUUCACCCUUCAAAUGGAGCCUGAGACCAUGGGGUCUCUGUGUCUGAAUGGGGGUGGGUAUCAGCAAGGUGGAGGCACUCCUGGACACUCCUCAUCCCCUGGCACCCCUCCUGUGAAUGCCUUGGGGAGAUGUCAGGGGAAGCAGACAAUUUAGGAACCAGGGAAGGAAGACUCCUGAAGGGGGUGAGGUUGGGACCAAGUCUGUUUCUUUUCCUUGCAAUCGCUGUGUCCCCUUUAAUUCUUCCUAGAACAGGCUGCUCAAGGUUGCCCAGGUCUGUCCACUACCGUUUCCUGUGGCUACAACAGACUGGCUCCCUUUUACUACUUCUCAUACACAAAUUUGUCCUGGGGUCAGCAGGGGCUGGGUCCAGACCAUGUGCAUUUAAGGGAAAGCAAAUUUCUAUGGAAAUGUAUGCCAUGCCAGGCUGUAAGCACGCUGGGCACUGGGACUUGGAAAUGAGUCAGGUACUGCCCUGCCCUCAGAAAGUUUGAUCCCGUGCUGGAGACAAAGCAUAAGCGAUGAUUGCAUCUCCCUGUGAUGUGUGUAGCCCACAGGGAGCCCUGGGAGGGUGUCACAGGGAACUACCUUUUCUAGCUUUGCACGGAAUGAGAUUUGUAGCAAUUCUGAAAGAGGUGGAAAAGGGUCAGAGGUCCUUGAUGCAUGACGAGGAGUUGGCCACUAAGAAGAGGGACAGGGUGUGCAAAUCAGGGAGAUGUUCCAGCGCUUGGCAAACCUGAGAAGUUGUGUGCAGCUAGAGCGUGGGGCUUAACCGAAUGUGUCUGAUGACAUUCCUGGGGGGACAUGGUGGGAGUAGUAUUAUUACCCUUAUUUUAGACAAGAAGUCAGGCUCAGAGAGGUCCAGCCACUCACCCUAAGCCACAGAGCUUGUUAGUGGCAGCGGAACUCAGGUCAGUGGAAUUCCAGGGUCCAGUUUCCAGGAAUUUACUGAUGAAUUUCAGACAUCAUUGAAGUAGAAGAGCUGUAGAACCCUGGGAUGAGGUUUUGAAGACUUAAAACCAAAUGGAAAGUCUUGAAGGAAAAGGGCAAUUUUCCAUGAACUUUUGUUCCACCUGGCACUCUAACUCUUCACAUUUUAAAAUGUACUGGAGCCCUACCUGGUUUGGCUCAGUGGAUGGAGCAUCGGCCUGCAGACUGAAGGGUCCUGAGUUUGAUUCCAG